AUGCCACCAUUGGUACAAGGUCAGAUCGUGACGGAAUACAAUGAUGCCGUCUACAACCCCGGAGCUAUUCCCAAGAUACCCCUCAGAAUUCCUCAAAGAUAUUCUCGACGGAGCGUAAUAGUACCACCCCAGUUGGGUUCAUUUUUGCCAUCUUCGUCUGCCAGCACCGUCACCAUUACCAGCACCGGACACUUGUCCCCCCCUCUCACGCCGGACUCGACCAUCGCAGAACUAAAAGACGAUAUGAGCACUUCUGAAGAGACUGGGGAAGCAGACGAGAAACACUGGUUUGCACAAAGGAAACGAUCUCGACGGUUCUUGGCCAUUGUGGGCGUUAUCACGCUUGUCACUAUGGCCGCCUUGGCAGUUGGCCUAUCUUUGGGAUUAAGAAAUAAAGUUUCUACCCGAGGCAGUCCAGUAGUAAAGGACAACGGCAAUGAUUCUGGUCCUCCGCUCCCAGUGGGCGCAUUUUCUUUCCAGACGUCUCUUCAGAACAUUGAUGCCAAUUGCACGUCUAAAAGCACAACCUGGGGAUGCAACCCCAUGACGCAAGACGGUCCGGUCAUCUUCCACUGGAACAUAACACAGCUCAACUCGUACACGUACACCAUCACAUCUACCGAGAACUCCUUUGGUCCCAGUUUUGCCAACGUCAGUAUGAAGGUCCGCGACUAUCGCAAGCCCACAGAACGGCUCGAGUUCUCGUUUCUGAUGAACAAGACUGUUACACCAUCCGAUGCUGGUUCCCCGACCAAUCGUGCUGCGAGAUGCACUUAUAAAAACGUCAAAUUCGAGACUACGCUGUAUACUAGGAAACGAGGCACUGCGGCCGUCGACCCUCCCAGGAAUCACGUAAAGUAUGCGGCAUGGCCAGGGGACAUGGAGAUUGUUCAGCUCUUCAACUCAACAAUUGGCCAAGCCGUUUGCCAAGAUGACAUGCGCCACCCAAUUGCAGAUGUCACCAUCGGCCUGGGCGCUUGUCGAUGUCGGUACUCGAACAUGAUGGAUAGCUGGUAG